AUGGAUUACCAUCAAGAGACUCUCGAUAAUCUCCAUCAAGCUAUGCUCGACACCAAGCUGCAUUCCACGUCACCGAGAUGGAAAUGGAAAGGUGCUGCAGCGAAAGCUCUUGCGGAACCUAUUUCAGAAUCAGUCUCAGAGCUCAAACUCUCUCUAGCCAAAACAGAGUCCUCUGGUUCCCUCUCGAGACACAACGUGCUUCUAGCGGUUGAGCCAGAGCAAGCCGAGCUAUUAGACCGCUGUUGUUUCGGCAGACUCGUUGUAUCCGCUGAGAAAGCCAAGAAAUGGAUUCAGUUAUCCUUUGAAGAAGCUUUCUAUUUGCACUACAACCUCAAAUGCAUCAGAAUCCAUCUUCAUGGUCGUUGCUUGGAGAACGAAGCAGAGACAUGGAUGUACAUGAGAUCGAAAAGACCGAACUUUCCGGUGUUUUUCAAAGCUUAUUCACAUUUACGAUCGAAGAACUGGGUUCUGAGAUUAGGGUCGCAAUACGGUGUGGAUUUCGUGGCGUACCGUCACCAUCCGUCGCUUGUCCACGCUGAAUACUCGGUUUUGGUUCGGUCCGGUGACAGUGAUGACAGGUUAAGAGUGUGGUCGGAUGUCCAUUGUACUGUUCGGUUAAGCGGAAGCGUUGCGAAAACGUUAUUGAAUCUCCAUGUCAGUGGUAACUCUAAUAGAGAGGACUUGAAUCUACCUUCGUGCUUGGAGAACUAUAUUGUGGAGGAGCAUGCGAUAAGUAGAUAUAGUCCAGAACUCAGUCGUGAAGAUGAUACCACAAAUCCAAAACCAAAACCAAAUGUUACUUCUGUGAGUAAUUUGAAAAUCCCUUGA